AAACCUUGGGCUGCCCACAGCGCCGGGAAGACUCAGAUAGAAAGUAGAAACCGAGAACUCUGUAAAUGACAGAAACACCCACAACUAGAACACGAAUACCCCUGUACCGUUACAAUCACAUUACUUGUAAACAAGAAUACUGUUAGCAUAUAGAGGACAAUAUAGUCAAAAACAAAUUCUUAUGUAAAAAAACUGUUUUAUCUUCAAAACCUCCCAGGACUUCAAAACCACCGCCAACCACCACUGCUCCCCGAUCGUUAUAUAAAUCCUCACAAUUCGCGUCGAAAUCACUCAAUAAACUCAUUCAUAUCACGAAUUAUUUGGAUUCUUUCGUUUAUCUAUUAGGGUUUUAGAAGAAUUUAAAUGGCAAAAGUGAAACACUCGAGAUUACAAGCAAGGAAAAUGUCAACAUUGACGUUAGUAUUAACGAUGCUAAUUAUGCUAACGAUGGUUCUUUUAAUGCUUUUGGGUCUCGGUAUUUUUUCACUUCCUAUCAGCAGCGAUGAUUCCCCUCCAAAUGAUCUCGCUGCUUCAUAUCGCCGUAUGGCUGCUGAAAGGGAUAAUAAUGAUGAUCUGGGAAAGAGGGUAGAGCAAUGGACUGAAAUUCUUUCUUGGGAGCCACGGGCAUUUCUUUAUCAUAAUUUCUUGUCGAAAGAAGAAUGUGAAUACCUAAUAGCUCUGGCCAAACCACAUAUGGAAAAGUCAACUGUGGUGGAUAGUAAGACUGGCCGUAGUAAAGAUAGCAGGGUGCGUACAAGUUCUGGAAUGUUCCUAAGAAGAGGGCGAGAUAAAAUUAUUAGGAACAUCGAAAAGAGGAUAGCAGACUUCUCUUUCGUUCCUGCAGAACAUGGGGAAGGACUUCAGAUUCUUCACUAUGAAGUUGGGCAGAAGUAUGAGCCUCAUUUUGAUUAUUUUCUUGAUGAAUUCAACACUAAGAAUGGGGGCCAACGGACAGCAACUGUUCUUAUGUACCUGUCAGAUGUCGAGGAGGGUGGUGAGACAGUGUUUCCCACUGCUAAGGGAAAUGUCAGCAAUGUGCCAUGGUGGAAUGAGUUGUCUGAAUGUGCCAAACAAGGUCUUUCAGUGAAACCAAAAAUGGGUAAUGCAUUACUAUUUUGGAGCACAAGGCCUGACGCUACACUAGAUCCCUCAAGUUUGCAUGGUAGUUGCCCGGUGAUUAGAGGAAACAAGUGGUCAGCUACAAAGUGGAUGCAUCUUGGAGAGUACAAAGCCUGAACUAGUAUAAGUAAAGCAGGAUAAAAUUCUGGUGAUGGUACUGGUGAAUGGCUCUAGAACUCUAGACACAUUAUGGUGCAUACCUCAAAGACAGUUACACAUUUUAGGCUUAGAAAAAUACAUUUUUUAAUUCCAUAUAGCGUUUUUACUCUUCUAACCAGUGUUGUGAUCGGGUCGGAAGUUGUUGAACUCUGAUAAUUUUGAGAGAAAAUGUUGUUGUACCUACAAAUUUAGUUGAGGGGAGGGGAAGGGAGGAUGACUGCAGCAUGACAGGCAACUGUAAACAAACUUGAUAUUUGCUGGAAUAUAAUUUUUCUGAUUUUUGCUCAA